GAAUAGCAACAGCCUGUGUCACCGAAAAGGGCAAAGCCUUCGGAAAUAGAAACAAAGUUGGUCACAAAUCAGAUUAGCUUUGCCGAAGUUUUUCCCCACACUCUUCUUUAGCGUGCUAUUAUGGGGAAAGUGACCACUUUUGGCAGCGGGGGUGGUCGGGGCGGUUUGGUGGCAGGGGAGCGGCUGUAACUUCUACGUGACCAUGGUACCUGUUGAAAACACGGAGGGCCCCAAUCUGCUGAACCAGAAGGGGACAGCGGUGGAGACCGAGGGCAGCUACCGAGCCAGCGGCAGCCGGCAUCCUCCCUGGGCGAGAGGUUGUGGCAUGUUUACCUUCCUGUCGUCUGUCACUGCUGCUGUCAGUGGCCUCCUGGUGGGUUAUGAACUUGGGCUCAUCUCUGGGGCUCUUCUUCAGAUCAAAACUUUAUUAGCCCUGAGCUGCCAUGAGCAGGAAAUGGUUGUGAGCUCCCUCCUCAUUGGAGCCCUCCUGGCCUCACUCACCGGAGGAGUCCUGAUAGACAGGUAUGGAAGAAGGACAGCAAUCAUCUUGUCUUCCUGCCUGCUUGGACUCGGAAGCUUAGUCUUGAUUCUCAGUUUAUCCUACACGGUUCUUAUAGCGGGACGUAUUGCCAUAGGGGUCUCCAUCUCUCUGUCUUCCAUUGCCACUUGUGUUUACAUUGCAGAGAUUGCUCCUCAACACAGAAGAGGCCUUCUUGUGUCAUUGAAUGAGCUGAUGAUUGUCAUCGGCAUUCUUUUUGCCUAUAUUUCAAAUUAUGCAUUUGCCAAUGUUUUCCACGGCUGGAAGUACAUGUUUGGUCUUGUUAUUCCCUUGGGAGUUUUGCAAGCAAUUGCAAUGUAUUUUCUUCCUCCAAGCCCUCGGUUUCUGGUGAUGAAAGGACAGGAGGAAGCUGCUAGCAAAGUUCUUGGAAGGUUAAGAGCACUCUCGGAUACAACCGAGGAACUCACGGUGAUCAAAUCCUCCCUGAAAGAUGAAUACCAGUAUAGUUUUUGGGAUCUGUUUCGUUCAAAAGACAACAUGCGGACCCGAAUCAUGAUAGGACUAACACUGGUAUUUUUUGUACAAAUCACUGGCCAGCCAAACAUACUGUUCUAUGCAUCGACUGUUUUGAAGUCAGUUGGCUUUCAAAGCAAUGAGGCAGCUAGUCUCGCCUCCACUGGGGUUGGAGUUGUCAAGGUCAUUAGCACCAUCCCCGCCACUCUUCUUGUAGACCACGUCGGCAGCAAGACAUUUCUCUGCAUCGGCUCCUCUGUGAUGGCAGCUUCGUUGGUGACCAUGGGCAUCGUAAAUCUCAACAUCCACAUGAACUUCACCCACAUCUGCAGAAGUCACAGUUCUAUCAACGAGUCCUUGGAUGAGUCUGCAAUUUAUGGACCAGGAAACCUGUCAGCCAGCAAUACUAUUCUCAGAGACCACUUCAAAGGGAUGGCUUUCCACAGCAGAAGCUCACUCAUGCCCCUGAGAAAUGAUGUGGAUAAGAGAGUGGAGACCACCUCAGUAUCCUUGCUAAAUGCUGGAUUAAGCCACACUGAGUACCAGAUAGUCACAGACCCUGCGGACGUCCCAGCUUUUUUGAAAUGGCUGUCCUUAGCCAGCUUGCUUGUUUAUGUUGCUGCUUUUUCAAUUGGUCUAGGACCAAUGCCCUGGCUGGUGCUCAGUGAGAUCUUUCCUGGUGGGAUCAGAGGACGAGCCAUGGCUUUAACUUCUAGCAUGAACUGGGGCAUCAAUCUCCUCAUCUCGCUGACAUUUUUGACUGUAACUGAUCUUAUUGGCCUGCCAUGGGUGUGCUUUAUAUAUACAAUCAUGAGUCUCGCGUCCCUGCUUUUUGUUGUUAUGUUUAUACCUGAGACAAAGGGCUGCUCUUUGGAACAAAUAUCGAUGGAGCUAGCAAAAGUGAACUAUGUGAAAAACAACAUUUGUUUUAUGAGUCAUCACCAAGAAGAAUUAGUGCCAAGGCAGCCUCAAAAAAGAAAACCGCAGGAGCAGCUCUUGGAGUGUAACAAGCUGUGUGGUAGGGGCCAAUCCAGGCAGCUUUCUCCAGAGACCUAAUGGCCUCAACACCUUCUGAACGUGGAUAGUGCCAGAACACUUAGGAGGGGGUCUUUGGACCAAUGCAUAGUUGUGACUCUUGUGCUUUCUUUUCAGUGUCAUGGAAAUAGUUUUGAAGAGAUACUCUGAAAUGAUAAAGACAGCCUUUAUCCCCGCUUCCCCAAAAGGAAGAUCAAAAGUUAGAUGAGGUACAAGGUCCUAAGUGAUCUCUUAUUUUCAGCAGGAUAUCAGGUUGAAAAAAAAGCUACUGGCUGGUUUAAUCUACCCUCUCACAGAGCCUUUGAAAAGACUAUGUCCUAGUGAAGACAACAUCAACCUCUACCUUAAGGUAUGUAUGAACGGAGGCCAGUCGCAGCUCUAUUAUACAGACACACAAGUGGCCUGGACACGAGGGUACAGUUUUUGCCUACCAAGACACUACUUGCACUGGGUCUUACGUAAGAAAGAACCAGGACACACAGUGUGGACAAUUGCGCAUAUAUUCUAUCUGGAUUAGGGGAGGGUCCCGGCGAGGAUUUCAGUAGUAAUUCCUAGUUACAGUUCAAAAAAUAUGAAGAUUAUACACUUAUUUUAUGAAUUAUAAACUACAAUUUAAUGCAAAAUAUCCUUUUAUGAAUUUCAUGUUAAUAUUGUAAAAUAUUAAAAGAAUUCUGCAAUAGUUGAGAAAAA